CCCACCGAGAUCCGGUCGAGGAGGAGCUCGGAUGCAUCCACGCGUGCCCGCAAGCUAACCUUCAACCCGCUCCCGUCAGUGUGGGACCCCCCAUCGACUAUCGAUCAGCUCCACGCAGUCGGAGCGUUCAAGGUACCCAAGUGGAAACGGCACCGUAGUCCAAGUAGCCGCUGCCGUCGUCUACUGCUUCUUCGGGUCCGGCGUCGUCUUUGGCUAUGCCGCCAUCAAACCCGUUCUGAAGACGGAAGGCGCUUAUAGGCACAUCUGCUCGGCCCCAGAUGGGUCAUUCGACGAUGAGGACACGUGCGUUGACCUGCACCUUAACUUGAUGUUCACCGUCGCGGCCGUGGCAACGAACGUCGCGGCGUUACCCAUCGGGGCGAUUCUUGAUCACUAUGGUCCCAGGGUUUGUGGUCUACUAGGGAGUAUGUUCCUCGCGGCGGGGGCGUUGUUGAUGGCGUUUGAGAAGCGGCUGCAGUUCGAUGCUCUGCUGUUGGGCUACUUUUGUCUGGCGCUGGGCGGCCCCUUUACGUACAUCUCGUCCUUCCAGCUGUCGAAUGCGUUCCCCCGCAACUCGGGCUUCAUCCUCGCGCUCUUGACCGGUGCCUUUGACGCGUCGAGCGCGCUGUUCCUGCUCUACCGCAUCGUGUACCAGAAGACGGACGGCGCCUUCAACCACGAGCGCUUCUUCCUGGGCUAUCUCAUCGUGCCCGUGGCCAUCAUCCUGCUGCAGUUCACGCUGAUGCCGGCGCAGUCGUACAAGACGGUGGGUGAGCUGGUUGAAGAGAUUGAAGAGCCGCUCCACGCGGCCGUCGUAGAACCGGCGCCGUACGACCAGGUCGACGAGGAGACGGCACUGCUGCAGGAAGAGGAGCGCCAACACCGGGUGGAUGUGAUCGAGGGCAUCCAUACCGUCCUCGGCCCGGCCAUGGCGGACAAGCAGACCGAGCGCGAGGAGCACGUUAACGAGGUCUCGGGUGUCUGGGGCGUCAUGCACGGCUACACGGCCUGGAAGCAGAUCAGAUCCCCCUGGUUCAUCCUCAUCUGCCUCUUCACCGUGGUCCAAAUGACGCGCAUCAACUUCUUCGUCGCCACGAUCCGCUCGCAAUACCAAUCCCUCUUCGGCUCGCGCCCGGCCGCCGUGGCGCUCAACCACUUCUUCGACGUCGCGCUGCCGCUCGGCGGCAUCGCGGCCAUCCCGCUCAUCGGCGUGGUGCUGGACCGCACCGCCACGGCCACCGUGCUGGCCGCGCUCGUCUUCUUUGCUACGGCCAUCGGCGUCCUCGGCGUCAUCCCCCAUGCGCCGUGGGCUGGGUAUGCGAAUGUGGUGCUGUUCGUGCUGUACCGGCCGUUUUACUACACCGCCGUGUCGGAUUACUCGGCGAAGGUGUUUGGGUUUGAGACGUUUGGGACUGUGUACGGUGCUGUUAUCGCGCUGUCGGGGGUGUUGAAUUUCUCGCAGGAGGGGUUGGACUGGUUGUUUGAGGUUAGGUUUGGGGGGAAUCCGGUGCCGGUGAAUGUGAUGCUGCUGGUGCUCGGGCUUGUGGUCGGGGUGGUGCUGGUGGUGUUUGUUGGGUGGAAGGCGAGGCGGGUGAGGAGGGAGGUGCUGGAGCAGGAGGCGAGAGGGGCUUUUGGGGACGGCUUGAUGUGAGGGUUUGUAGUUGUGUGGUUGUGUGUUUGUGUGCUUCUUGAAUAUUGGGUAGAAACGGAGUGACUAGCGGACAAAAACACAAUAUUGCAAGCAAAGAGCUGUUGCCUUUGAUAUCUGGACUGUUUUAGUAAGUACACUAGCGUCUCAAACCUGACUUU